UCCGCCACACCUUCCUUGUGACCAAUAGUUGCCAAUGACUCCAAUGACGCUAAAAUGCUAAAGUCACUUGAGAGAUGCGUGAAGUUCUGGCGAUUAAAUGACUCAGUGUGUUCAUGACUAGGACGGAUCGAAUAGACUUAACAUCAAUUUCUUACACGUGACGGGAAUGAUUGUCUAGUGGUAGCAUACGAAAGUUUAGAGAGGAAGCAGGCCCUCCAGAAAAGAGUUAUUCAACAGGUAUCUCGAUUGAUCACAUAGGGAAAGAAGGACUUGCCACGAUGAUAGCCUCCCAUCUCCUGGCUUACUACUUCACAGAGCUCCACCAUGACCAAGUACAAAAAGUUGACAAGUAUCUUUACCACCUUCGACUGUCUGAGGAGAAUCUGAUGGACGUGACGAUGCGGUAUCGCCGUGAGAUGGACCGCGGCCUGGGCCGGGACACCAGCCCCACAGCUUCUGUGAAGAUGCUGCCCACGUUUGUGCGCUCCACACCUGAUGGAACUGAACAUGGAGAUUUUUUGGCGCUUGACCUGGGCGGGACCAAUUUCCGGGUUCUGCUGGUGAGAGUGUCUGCUAACGGGAAGCAGAAAGUUGAGAUGGAGAAUCAGAUCUAUGCCAUUCCGGAGGACCUGAGGAGGGGUAGCGGCUCAGGGCUUUUUGACCACAUCGCCGAGUGCCUGGCCACAUUCCUGGAUAAGCUGGGGAUCAAAGACAAGAAGCUUCCACUCGGCUUCACUUUCUCCUUCCCCUGUCAGCAGACCAAACUAGAUGAGAGUAUCCUGGUGUCGUGGACCAAGGGGUUCAAGGCUAGUGGUGUUGAAGGCAAAGAUGUUGUCGGCAUGUUAAGAACAGCCAUCAAAAAGAGAGGGGACUUUGACAUUGACAUCGUGGCUGUGAUUAAUGACACUGUCGGCACGAUGAUGACCUGUGGCUAUGACGACCAUCACUGUGAAAUUGGCCUCAUUGUGGGCACGGGUACCAAUGCGUGUUACAUGGAGGAGAUGCGCAACCUAGAGACUGUGGAGGGGGACGAGGGCCGCAUGUGCGUCAACAUGGAGUGGGGCGCCUUCGGGGACGAUGGGAAGCUGGACGACCUGCGUACCCCCUUCGACGUGGAGAUCGAUUUAGGCUCGCUCAACCCCGGCAAGCAGCUGUUUGAGAAGAUGAUCAGUGGGCUGUACAUGGGUGAGCUUGUGCGCCUCAUCCUGGUGAAGAUGGCCAAGGAGGAGCUUGUGUUCCAGGGCAAGACCACGCCUGAGCUGCUGACCAUGGGACAUUUCCAGACCAGCUUUGUUUCCGCCAUCGAGAACGAGAAGAAUAAUGAGGGUUUGCUGAAUGCUGAGCAGGUCCUGCAGGGCCUGGGUUUGAGCCCAUCUGCGGAGGACUGCGUGACCACCCAGCGCGUGUGUCAGAUCGUGUCCACGCGCGCUGCCCAUCUCUGCGCCGCCACCCUGGCUGCCGUCCUGCGGCAGAUUCGAGACAACAAGGCCGCCGAGAGGCUCCGCACCACUGUGGGAGUGGACGGCUCCGUCUACAAGAACCACCCCCAGUUUGCCCGGCGGCUCCAAAAGAUGGUGCGGAGGCUGGUGCCCGACUGUGACGUGCGCUUCCUGCGCUCCGAGGAUGGCAGUGGAAAGGGCGCCGCCAUGGUGACGGCGGUGGCCUACCGGCUGGCCAAGCAGCACACAGAGCGGCAGCACGUGCUCGACACACUGCGACUGAGCAGUGCCCAACUGCUGGAGGUCAAGAGGCGCAUGAACACAGAGAUGAACCGUGGCCUGGACCGCAACACGCAUACCAACGCCACCGUCAAGAUGCUGCCCACUUUCGUCAGGGCCACACCCAACGGCACAGAGCGAGGGGACUUCCUGGCCUUGGAUCUGGGUGGAACCAACUUCCGUGUGCUCCUGGUGAGGGUCCGCAGUGGGAAGAGGCGCAGCGUAGAGAUGCACAACAAGAUCUACGCCAUACCUCAAGACAUCAUGCAGGGCACUGGAGACGAGCUGUUUGACCACAUUGUCCAUUGCAUCGCUGACUUCCUGGAGUACAUGGGCAUGAAGGGGGCUUCCCUGCCUUUGGGCUUCACCUUCUCCUUCCCCUGCCAGCAGAACAAACUGGACCAGGGCAUCUUGCUGAAGUGGACAAAGGGCUUCAAGGCCACUGGCUGCGAGGGACAGGACGUGGUGAACCUGCUGAAAGACGCCAUCCACCGGCACGAGGAGUUUGAUCUGGAUGUGGUAGCAGUGGUGAAUGACACAGUGGGCACUAUGAUGACCUGCGGCUAUGAGGAUUCUCAUUGUGAAGUGGGGCUCAUUGUGGGCACGGGCACCAAUGCAUGCUACAUGGAGGAGAUGGAGAACGUGGAGCUGGUGGAGGGGGACGAUGGCCGCAUGUGUGUCAACAUGGAGUGGGGCGCCUUCGGCGACCAUGGCGAGCUGGAUGACUUCUGCACGCCCUUCGACCACGCCGUGGACGAGCGUUCGGCCAACCCCGGCAGGCAGCGGUUUGAGAAGAUGAUCAGUGGCAUGUACCUGGGGGAGAUAGUGAGGAAUGUGCUGCUGGAUUUCACCACUAGGGGGCUGCUUUUCCGCGGCCGUCUCUCAGAGAGGCUAAAGACGCGCGGCAUCUUCGAGACCAAGUUUCUCUCUCAGAUCGAGAGCGACCGUCUGGCCCUGCGUCAGGUGCGCUCCAUCCUGCAGCACCUGGGCCUGACGAGCAGCACAUGCGACGACAGCAUCCUGGUGAAGGAGGUGUGCGCUGUGGUGUCGCGCCGCGCCGCCCAGCUGUGCGGUGCCGGUCUGGCCGCGGUGGUGGACAAGAUCCGGCUGAACCGCCGGCUCGAGCAGCUGCGCGUCACCGUGGGGGUGGAUGGGACGCUCUAUAAGCUGCACCCACAUUUCUCCACCAUCAUGCGUGAGACUUUGCGUGAACUGGCGCCGCAGUGCGAGGUGACUCUCGUGCAGUCGGAGGACGGCAGUGGGAAGGGCGCUGCCCUAAUCACCGCCGUGGCCUGUCGCCUGCGAGAUGGGGCCAAGUAGCAGCCCCUCCAUGCCGGAGAGGAGACUGCCAUGAAGGGGAAGAGACAGGAAGUGGGGUACUGAAUGAGAAGGUACAGUGAUGGCCUUUGUUAAGACAAUACUGUGCCACACUGACGUGUGAUUGUGGCAAAGGAGCGGAUUCAAUUUACAAUGAAUGUUUGAACUUUUUUUUUUGUUAUUUUUAUUAUUAUUUUGUUUUAUUUUUAAUAUGACUCUUCUGCUGACAUGUGACACCUUAAUUAUGUGUGCCCAUUGCGGUAUAUGUGUUUGAAGAUGUUUGUGACUUUGGAGUGAGAAAGAUGAGCAUGAGAGAUUAUUUCCAGUAAUGUUUUACAAAAUAUUGCUGUUCAGUAAUGUUGGUGUGUCCCUCCCAAGACUACACUUUCCUGUUUAUACUGUGAAUGUAGGAGCGAUGUUAUUUUAAUGUAUAAUUAUAAAGACAUUAGGUAUUUUUUAUUUUCAGUAGUCCUAGUUACUGUGGAAUUUGAAAAACAGGGUCAUUGCACGCAUAGGACAUCUGACAUUUCUUGGGGUUGUUCAAAAAGAGCAUUGUUUUUGUUUGUUUGGUUUAAAUUGUGAUCCAACCAAAACACUGACUACACAUUUGAAUGGUGUUAUGUGUAGUGUGCAAUGAAUCCCUAACGGAGAUGAUUCACAGCUUUAGUUUGAUCGGGAGACCUUUGUGCUCUUCAAAUAGUAGAGUGUGCAGAAAUCUAAAGCCAUUUGUUUCUGUUAUCGGCUAUUCUGGAAAUAGAUCUCUCUGCACGAUGAUGCUUAGGUCAACAAGGGGUCUGAAUGCUUGUGCGUUUAGUUAUGUUGUUACCAUGACCAUCAGAAAUAAAGUGUUCUUGUUUCUUGA